UUUUCGGCACUUUAUAUUAACAGUAUAAAAGAUAAAAUGUAUAUAAAUCCACCACAAGUGACCAAAGACACGGCACACGUUUUAUUCGCCCAAUUUUGCAUUUUAAACAAAGUUCUAUGGCCAAUUAUACCGCAUUUGGUCGAAGAGGUGUGGAGCUACUAUUCGAAAACCGAAUCAUUUUACAAACAUCAAUUCACGGUACCAAGUGAAUGGCAUAAUUCGGAAUUCGAUGUAACAAUGGACAUUGUUAAAGAAUUAUUCGGAAUGAUAAUGCAUAAUUCGGUAAAAAACUCAGUGUAUUAUGAUACGAAAAUAUUUGGCACGGCUGAACAAAUUCAACAGCUUCAGAAACUGCAUCCGAGUGAUGAUCAAGCUCACAACGAUUCGCACUUAUGUGAAAUUCUACAAGUGCAAUCAAUUCAAUUGGUAGAAUCACCAAGCUCAAAAUUGUAUAUUGAGAAAACAGAAAUCGAUAAAAAAUUAUGCGAUCGAUGCCGUCGCUUUGCUGUUGCAUCAGAUGAAACGAUAUGUAAACGUUGUGACAACAUUCUCAAAGAGAUGAAUUUUACUCCAUAAUUUAUAGUGAUUUUGAUUUAUAGAGACAAAUUAAUAAAGAAAGUUUUUCUUUUUUAAAAAGAUCUUCCUUUUUUCUCAA